AGAUAACUAUUUAGCCAUGAGUUACAACAGUAAUAGUGAGGAUGAUCCCAAAUACUUCGCCAGCAGUUAUGUGAUGCUGAGACCUCAUGACCAAUUGCGUUUCUGGGAGGUGGUGAAAUUAGUGGUGUCGGCGGACCUGUUCAGAAGCAACUUUGUCGAGUGCCCUGAGGCCACUUUUGUGAACUUCAGCCGCAGAAGAAUCAUACUCAUUUCCCUGUUGGCUCAGAAGUUACUGCAACUCUUGGCACACCCCCUUCAAGUUCUCGGCCACCUCCUUGAACUGGCCUUGAAUCUCUUUUCUUCACAUCGCACUGUCUUCUCCCUCUUCCUUCAUCUUCUCCGAGGUAAAGAUGUCAUGCCGGAUCCGAGAUCAGCAGAAUAUUUAUCAAUUACGGGGCAUGUGGAUAAACGAGUGCAAUUGGAUGGCACCAUCAAACGCCAUGACAACAAGUACAAUGCUGCUCUCUCUGUCAUGGCUUCUAAAGCAGUCUACGAGAACGUUGCUUGCGUUGAAUCUAUGGUUAAGAAUCACUGGAAGAUGGAACUUGUGGCAUGUGGUGACUUCUGGAAUGACUUUCAAGGAAAACCCACGACCCAAGCGCUGGUUAUGUUAGACAAAAGCGAGGAGAAGGAGACGUAUGUAGUGGCCUUUAGAGGAACAGAACCCUUCGAUGCGGAUGCUUGGAAUACGGAUAUUGACUUAUCAUGGUGUCAUCUUCCUGGCGUAGGGAAAAUCCAUGCAGGCUUCAUGAAAGCCUUGGGGCUGCAGAAAAGCGUCAUGGGUUGGCCUAAGCAAAUUCGCAGAGACGAGAGUCGCCCUCCCGAAGCCUACUAUGCCAUUAAGGAUAUUCUGAAGCAGCGUUUGGAGGCAAAUGAUAAAGCCAAGUUCUUAGUGACGGGCCAUAGUUUGGGUGGGGCUCUCGCUAUUCUGUUUCCGGCCAUAUUGUCGCUGCACGAUGAAACCUUCUUGUUGGAUCGGCUUGAAGGAGUUUACACCUUUGGGCAACCCAGAGUUGGAGAUAAUGAAUUUGCCGACUACAUGGAUGACCAACUUCGACAUCACCAGAUCAAAUACUAUAGGUUUGUUUACGGCAAUGAUCUUGUUCCAAGGCUGCCCUAUGACUACAAGAAUUUGAUGUUUAAGCACUUUGGGCGGUGUCUACACUUUGAUAGCAGUUAUGAAUGCAAGAUGGUGGAGGAUGAGCCGAAUAAGAACUACUUCUCGCCCUUGGCUAUGAUCCCUAUGAGGAUUGACGCGGCAUGGGAGAUUAUAAGGAGCUUCAUCAUUGGUUUCAAACAUGGAUCGGACUACGAAGAAGGGUGGCUUAUGAGAAUUUGCAGGAUUGGGGGUUUGAUAGCUCCAGGGUUACCUAAUCAUCUUCUUCAAGAUUACGUUAAUGCCACUCGGUUGGGAUCUCUUCUUUCAUAUUUGGACUAGUAGUGCAGUUUACGGCUUUAUACAUUGCAAAUCUUAGCUCGCCUUGAUCGUGUCAAUUUGGGGUGCAAAUAGACCUGAAACUAAUAAACAAUAAUAACGUCGAGAAUAUAUUUGCUAGGAAUAGUGUUAGUUUAUAUUGGGGGGUAAGGCCUCAGUGUCCUUUAUUCAUGUAUGAAGCUAGGGGGUUCAUUUUCAGUAUCAUCAUGUCACCUCGUCCAGUUCUGUCAUUGUCUGGAGUUGAGUAAUGUCAUAGUUAUACUUGUCAUCUUAGCUUGCAUUUGCCACUUCUCUUGAGAGUUUUGUACACUUCUCCUUCAUUCAACUUCAACUUCUUACAUCAGUUUCAUCAUCAAAUUCAACAGAAAGUUGGUAAGAGUUAGUUUA